GGUUUACAAAUAAGUUCCUUUAAACAAAAAAAAACAAUUCUAUGGACAGACAUGUGAAAACAAAAGGUCAACGUGGAAAUAAAGCUUCGAGAUGCAGUGGGGAGGGGAGGCUGUGAAUUGCUGAAUGUCACAGGGAGGGUGGCAGUGUGCAAGAAGCUAGCUCUGGGCUCCCUCCCUCCCAGAGAGUCUGAGAGCGGGCUGGGCGGAACCAAGCAGUUUUGACGUGAAUCCUGAGCCGCGGGAGUGCUGGAAAUAAAAAGAGCAGAGUUUAAUACCAGAACACUGACUCAUCAACGCUCGGGCGAGGAAGAGGAAGACUUGUUUUAACGCGUGGUGAAUGACAGUAGCGUGGAAAAACUGAGGAAAAAAGUUUUUCUUUUUUUAAAGAAAAAGCGGACUUGCAAAUUUUUUGUUUGUUUUGUUUAUUUUUGGAAUUUUAUUUCGAGACGUUUGGUUGAAAUAUUAUCGGAGUGACUCUACCUGGGAGAGACUUGACGGUCGGUCCAAGCUUUAAAAAGAAGUGGGAGAGGAGGAAAAGAAACCCCCGUCUUCCUGUGUUCCCGGGGGGGUGGGGGGGGGGGGGGGACCAUGUACCAGGAGUAUCCAGUGAAUUACGAUUCAUCGUCCCGCAGCAGCUUGUCUCCAGCUCACCAGGACAGUGUGUUCAGCAGCUCGGGCAGCAGUGGCAAUUUCAACAGCGCUUCUCAGAAAUACCGAUCCGACAUGCCAGGAUCCAGCAGUGCCUUUGUCCCGACAAUCACAGCCAUUACCACCAGCCAGGACUUGCAGUGGAUGGUACAGCCCACAGUUAUAACCUCAAUGUCUAGCCCUUACUCCCGGACACACCCUUACAGUCUGUCGGCAGCCAGCAUCUCGUCUCCUUCCUCCACUACUUUACACCGACCUGGGGUUAUCAAAACCAUCGGAGCAACAGGACGAAGGAAAAGAGAUGAACAGCUCACUCCAGAGGAAGAAGAGAAGAGAAGAGUACGGCGAGAAAGAAACAAGUUGGCGGCUGCAAAAUGUCGGAACAGGCGCCGUGAGCUUACAGAGAGACUUCAAGACGAAACUGAGAAACUUGAAGAAGAGAAGUCUGGUCUUCAGAAAGAAAUCGCUGUGCUGCAGAAGGAGAAGGAGAAGCUGGAAUUCAUGCUGGUCGCCCACAAACCCAUUUGCAAAAUGGCACCCGGGAAUGACUGCAGGAGACGCUCUCCGUCCCCCGAGCCACAGGCUGGACGGACGGCAAACACGGUAGUGGUCAAGCAGGAGCCGGAAGAAGAAGAAUCGAAGUUGGCCGUGCCCAGUGCUGUGUCCAAAACGCAGAGGUCCGUCAUCAAGCCGGUGACUGACAUCUCCAUAGCCAAUAGCUACUUCCUGGAGGCUGAGCCCCUCAACACACCAGUGGUGGUGACUUCCACACCUGCAGCCAACAUCACCCCAUGUGCUGCCAGCCUGGUCUUCACUUACCCCAACGUGCCCAGCCUUGACCAAGAGCCCACUUCAGAGUCUUGCUCCAAGGCCCAUCGCAGAAGCAGCAGCAGUGGUGACCAGUCUUCAGACUCCUUGAACUCCCCCACCUUACUCGCUCUUUGAGGAAUGUGCUGGAAAUUUCCCCCCUCCCGCCACCUCCACCUCUGUGGGAGAUUGUGAGAGAUGAAAACGGAUUUUUGUUGUCUUGACCAGAGUUUGUGGGAUCGAACUACUUCUAAACACUUCAGACUCACGGGGGGAGAGGUGGGCGGGGUGGGGGGGGGGGGAGGGGAUGGUGUUUGGAGGGUGUGGGUUAGGGAGUGGAGAGGGUUGGAAUCAUUGUUUGGGGGAGGGGAGUGGGAUAGGGGAGCAGGCCAAAUAGUUCAAGCAGCUUGGAUGUGGUGGCCAUCGCUGAAUGUAGACACUUACCAGUGGCAUUCUGUGGGUGGCUAGUGGUCCGUGGCGCAGAGGGAUGGGAGCGGGAGAACUGCAGCCAUGUGGGAGCUGUUACCAUGGCAACGCCCAUUGGCAGGAUGUUUAGGCCUUUCUGAACUGUCAAAGUCGACCAAUACCAGGCAAAAGGAGAGGCCCACGUUCUGAACUCCAUUUUUGAAACAUGUUUUCCUGAUUUUGUUUUCUUCCUCCAAGUCUUUACUAUAUGGGGAGAUGUCAGUGAUCCACAUUGUAUCACUUCGGUUCUGGACCGCAAGAGUUUUAGUUUUAAACUUUGUGCUAUCUCCAUUUUUGCAAUUCUUUCAUUGCUGACAGAGUCUAUGAUGGAAACCGCUCUCUAAUGUGACAUUCAUGUCCUGUAAAGAACAAAUUACUCUGUGACGCUUCUGAAAUGCCUCAGUGAUAUUCGGAAAAAAUUCUGCAAUACUGGAAUUGCUGUCAAACCUUGUCGGAUUUCAGCAUUAAUAGAGCAAAAGAAACUUGUAUCACAACGUUAUGGUAGAAUGAUUAUCUUGUGCCCUUCCAACCUCAACCGUAUACCCUUCUGCCUUCUGACUUUAACUGUAGUAUUUAUAUAUUUUUUUUAAAUUUAAGUGAGUAAUGGAAGUAGACUGCAAAAGCUCCAAGUUGGAAAAUGAAAGGAUUGCAGACCUGAUGAGGUCAGGGCAGGAUGUGGGAUUUUGGCUCAUCUAAGAUUUGCUCAUCUACUGAUAAGAGGAGGACUCGGAAAGCUGGUAUUCAUUAGUGUUAAGAGUAGUCCUACCUGUGUGCGCCGGUCGAUUUGUGUAUCUAAAGGUACAUCAAGAACACUACUUCAAAGACAGUGGAACAGCCAGCAAAAGGACCAUAAUUGUGUCGGACCUCUUUGUGCAGAGUAAUCAACACUCUGAAUGAACUUAUCCUUUGAAAUGUGGGCUUGUCCUGAUUUUGGAAAGGCCGUUGUUGUUUGCUCACAGACUGGACUGUGAGGCUUGUGACAACAGACUGCAAACAUCUAUUCUGGAGCAUUGAAAUGUGUUUAUCUUCCCCCCAAAGGCUGGAAAAUGUCCGACUUCUGUGAAACGUCACAUUUUUGCUAAUGACUGUGGCUAACAGGCAACAUCCCAGGACGUUUUCCCUGUCAUCAAUAAUGCGAGGAAAGUUUCUAUGCAACAUGGACCCAUUUCUAACAAUGGUACAAGCAGUCAUUUGGGAGAACAGAGCUCUCACAUUGCACGGAAAAAGACACUUUUUGACAAAGUUUUUUUUUUCUAUCUUACACUUAUCUGGACAAUUUGCAAGAGUGCCAAUGUAAAGAAACCAAUGUUUUAUACUAAGAAGAGAGUGCUAAUCGAUUGAUAAGUGGAUUCUGAUUGGUAGAUGCCUGGUUGUGUAGAGUGCAUCAGUGAGAUGACUGAAAGUGUCCUUUUUUUCUGCAAUGGGGCACAGAUUAUUUUAUUCCCCCAUUACAACUGAUGGACAGUAAGCCCAUUUGUCUCUUUCCACCUUUGAUGCUGGGCGAUAUGGAUGCAGUAACCAGAUGUUAAGAAGGGAGGGAGAGACAUAGAACCUUAGCCUUGUCAUCUUCCUGGCCCCAGUCACCACCAGAUUGUCUGUUUGACUGGAAUCACAAACUUGUUGGGGGUUAGUCUGCUUUAGUCCACUGAUUUCCUGAGCAGACCCUGGCAGCAAACAUGAAGCAGACAUUUUCCAGCCUUUUGUUUAUUUAAAACUUCCUCUUUGAACUAUGUUUAUGUUUUUUUUUUAGUUGUUUCCUGAAUUAAAAUUGACUGAUCAUAGUAGGAAAUGUGUUUACCGUUCGAGCAGGUCUCCGAUGAACUGUUGAUUUUUGACAAUAAAAGCGCUACACUGGUUUUAUGUUGUACUAGCUGACCGCCCGUGACAUUGUGCCCAGAGAGUGAGCAGGAGGGUAGGGUCACAGUUUGCUAGUGAGAGUCGAGGGACGGUGAUGUGAGCGGACAGUACAGCAUCAUUCUCCCAGCUGGUUCGUUGUUCCACACAACAUCCACAACCCAAGCUACAAAUCUACUGUAAAACCGUAGAGUCAUCAGUUUCCCAUCUGGCCCAAAAUUUUUACCAGUCCAAAGAUGUGCAGGUUAGGUAGAUUGGCCAUGCCAAAAUUGCCCAUAGUGUCCAUAGGGAUGUGAAGGCUAGGUGGAUUAGCUGUGGGAAAUACAGUGAUAGGGAGGGGGUGUGGGUCUGGGUGGGAUGCUCUUCAGAGGGUCAGUGUGGACUCAAUGGGCCGAAUGGCCUGCUACCAUUCUGUAGGGAUUCUGUGAUACCAUAAAAACUCCCAGGAGCUGAGCAAAACGAUGUUGCGGCUAUGAACGUGACCUGCUUGAUGGACUGUUCAGAUAAAUGGUCAGGCACGAAUGGAUUUCCGAUUGAUGAGUCAUUCAGAGAAGGGCACACAUUUGUCUUCGGUAUUUCCCAGGUCUCCAGAGUAACUGUGGUUUUCACCACAACUUUUGGAAGUUACAGUGGCAGAGGAGGGGACUAAAUGUCCAGUGAAAUGCAUUUUGCCCCACAUUCAGGGCUUUUCACGUCAUUUUGAUUUCCCACUUGAGAUUGAGCUGACCAGAGUGCCCCUAACGGAUUGUGAGGGCUCCUGAUCAUCUUGGAGCUGUCAUAGCCUGUCCCAAUUUUCCGUGUUUCCGAGCGACUGAUAACACUUCCAUUUAGUAAUGGCGUUUUCCUGAUUACUAUUUGCUCGAAAGCAGCCGCUGGUCUUUUGCUAUUUUAAAAAUUAAUUCCAAAUCUUUCUGAUCCCUGCCAACUUAGACAAAGGGCCACUUUCUUCAUGCUUUUACAUUGCAAGAUUUCCUAUGGGAUUGUUAAAUCACAAAAUAACCCUCAUGCUUGGACUUCUUUCACCAUCUAACCUCUGCAUCAGUAUUUAUGAAAAAUGCAUUGCUAGGGGAAUUCCUGACACCAAAACAGCUUGGGAAAUUAAAUGAAGGGCCAUGAUACAGGACAUCGGCGAAGGCUAUUGGGAGCAGAGUCACAAGAGGAGGUGGGUGGCAUCAGGCUCGAGUUUUUAUAAACCAAGAGAUCCCAGGAGGAAGGGGGAGAGAAUGAGGGAGGUGCGGAGUUCCGCAUUGCGAGCUCCUGAGAGAGAACAAGGUUAGGAGAUGAUGCUAUGAUAUUGGCUUUCAACAAUGAAGAGAGGUGGUGGAAGUAUGUGGCGGUGGAUUUGAAACUUGGAAGAGACCAGCAAAGAGUUCAGAGGUGUGCUGAUUGCAUUAGCUUGGUAUGUGUGGUCAGAGAGAAAAGGCAAUGAGAAAUGUUAUGAUGUGGAGGGAGAUAUUACCGUCUGAGCUGUACACUGGGAAACUCAGCAGGAUGUACAUCUUUUUUGAUGCAGAGUCAUUUGAAAACCUACUGAAGGAAGUUUCACUCAAUGGCUCACUGAGCACCUUUAACCUUAUUUGGGGGCCUCGUGCUUAUACUGAAUGGCUGCUGUUAGCUGGGACCACUUGCUACAUGUUGCUGUGUUGGACGAUAAAUCAACACUUGAUGGGCCAAAUGAUUUGUAUUCACUUAGCCUUGUGUCCUUACUGGAUCAAACAUUACUCAUGCUUGCUGCUGUGGGCAGGUCAAUUUGAGACCAUGAGCUAAGUCUUUCAGUGAAUGCUUAGAUCAGAUUGGGUUUUAGUUCAGAGAAUUGCAGUUGCAGGAUUAAGGAGGAAACGCACAAGAAAAAGACUACAGAAACAGAAGUGCCUCUAUUUCAGGUUGAUUUGAAGGAAGAAUUUGUUGAAAUUAUUUUUAAAAAUUAUUUUAAAAAUUCUUUUAAGGUAGGUGACCAAUCAGAGUAGUACAACAUCAGAGACCAGAUUAUAGUUGCUACUUUGCAUGUUUACAGAUAUUUACACAAAUUGACCCAUGAAAGAGAUGACAAUGAAAUUCAGCAUUUCAGUACUGUAUGUCCACAAUAAAGAGAUCUUACGUCCAUUAGUACAGGUUCAGUAUGAUUUAGAUGAUAUACCUCGCUCCUGAGAGAUGGGUAACAGAGAUAAAGAAGCACAGUGAAGGUUGGAAAGGCAUGGAGAGAAAAAUUACUGGAGACACAAAGUGGGUCAGUCAGCAUCCAAAUGACAGCUGUUAGACCUUAAUUCAUCUCAAACUUUCAUUAUAUCAUCCACCUCUAGGCUGAAGCUGUACAAAUGUGUAAAGUAAUGCAGAGUCAGCAGUAUAACUUGGUAUUCCCACUACACUGAACUCUUAAGGCUCAUUGCUGGAAUUAAAUUAGUACUGCGUAGUAUGAAAGGACAACAAGGGAUGCCAAGCCUGAGUAGAUUGAAAGCCAAGACUUCUCAGGAAUGUUGUAUCAUGGCAGGGCCAAAAGAGGUGAUAAACAUCGAAUGGCCUAGUAUCCUAUUAUAAAUAUUUCAGGGAGAUUUUGAUUGGGAAACAUUUGAUUUUAGUAUGAAUUUUUCGAGAAAGUCCAUCUUUUUAGGAUAUGGUCUUGUGAUAAUUCGGUGCAGUUGGUGAAGGACAGGCUCAUAGCUGUGGUCCUGUCCUGUACUUAGAAAGGAUCGGGAGAGAUGGCAAGGCAAGUCAAAUGGUGGUUUGAUCGAGCCAUCUUUUUAUUUUGAUUUUAAAAAGGCUACAAGUGAUCAGAAGAGUGAGACAGUUGAGGAAUCCCACAGGUUUGUGAUCUUGAUUCGGAAUGAGUUAUGAGGAAGAGAAUCCAGGAAGUUUAAUUUCUCCACAGAUGAAGAUGUGGAACAUAGCAAAGGUCUGAUUUUAGGGUCAGGUCUCACUACAAUAUACAGAGGAAUUAAUAGUGAAACCGGAGAAAAUGGAAGGGACUUUAACUAGGCCUAAAGUCGAGUGAUAUGACUUCCCUGGAGGUGUAUAAAUGCUGUGCUGGAUGGACUGGGCAUAAGUAACGAUUAUAAGGCAACAAGACUGAAUGCAGUGAAAGCAUUGAGAUCUACAACCUAUCUCACAGGGACCAUGAUAAGAAUUGUAAAUCUGUAUGAUUAACUGUUCUCUUUUUUUUAAAGAAAAUAUGAAUAAUUGUUUAAAAAAGUCAGUCAGGUCUACUUUUGCUAUUCAAAAUUGUAUGUGUCAGUAUUUAUUAAACAACAAAUCAAUAUUUUA